GCCAACUCCCUACUCGCCACUCUCCACUCUUCAAACAAUCAAAGCCUCUCCCACUUAAUUCCUUUUUUUUGCCUUUUUUUCCACUCUCAAAACUCUGCAAAAGACAGAGAAAAAGAGAGCAGAGGCAUGGCUAUUUCAGUCUCCAUUUCCCAUAUUACCCCUAUCACAUUGUUUUAUUUACUCCUCCUCCUCCUCCUAUCCUCCACCAUCACCACCACCACCACCACCUCUGCUCUCAAUAUAACCUCCAUCCUCUCCUCCUUCCAAAACCUUACCUCCUUCUCCUCCCUCCUCUGCUCCACCUCCGUCGCCCCUGAUCUCACGCGCCGCGACCCCGUUACUUUACUCGCCGUUCCGAACUCGUACCUCUCCACGUCCCCUUCCUCCGACCUCACGCGCCGCCUCCCACCGUCGUCACUAGGUGACAUCCUGCGCUACCACGUCCUUCUACAAUACUUCUCCUGGAGCGACCUCCGCCAGAUCCCACCCUCAGGCGUGCUUGUAACCACCCUCCUCCAAACAACGGGCCGGGUCCAUUCCAACUUCGGCGCCGUUAAUAUCACCCGUGACCCUUUAACCAACUCCAUCACAAUCCAAUCACCGGCCCCUUUCUCCCCGUCCAACGUCACCGUUUUAUCGUUAAUCAAAACCCUCCCUUACAAUAUCACAAUCCUGGCCGUUGAUUCCCUCCUUGUUCCCUACGACUUCAAUCUAUUGGCCUCUGAAACCCGGCCCCCCCUUGGCCUCAACAUUACCAAAGCCCUAAUCGAUGGCCAUAAUUUCAACGUCGCCGCCUCAAUGUUAGCCGCUUCCGGCGUCGUCGAUGAAUUCGAAGCCGACGAGGGCGGUGCUGGAAUCACUCUCUUUGUCCCCACAGACGAUGCUUUCGGCGAUCUGCCGGGCAAUGUCAAAUUGCAGUCACUCCCAGCUGAUAAGAAAGCUGUGGUCCUAAAAUUCCACGUGCUUCAUUCUUAUUACCCUUUGGGUUCACUGGAAUCGAUCGUGAACCCGGUCCAACCGACAUUAGCCACGGAAGAUAACGGCGCCGGCAGCUUCACUCUCAAUAUUUCAAGAGUCAAUGGAUCUGUCGCGAUCGAUACGGGAAUUGUUCAAGCAUCGGUUACCCAAACGGUGUUCGACCAAAACCCCGUUGCCAUUUUCGGGGUUUCCAAGGUUUUGUUGCCUAGAGAGAUUUUUGGGAAAGACUCGGCUGGAGUAACAUCGAAGCCGGGGAAUGCGGUGGUGGGGACGACAGUUCAGCCGCCGGAAACAUCUCCAUCACCGGAGAAUUCGGCCGGGUUUAGUGGUCCAGCGUCACAUCUUUCAUCGCCGCCGGGAUUUCGUGAAGAGAUAACAUCGAAGGGUGGAAGAUAUAGAAUGCAAAGCUGCAUUGUUACUGUAUGUUGUAUAGGAUUGGUUCUAGUGGUAUGAGAGCUUCAGCCUUGAAACCUAUUUACUAGCUUCAAUUGGGUUGAAUUCCUUGUAUAAUUUCCUGUAUGAGAUGUUGGUCAACAACUUGUUUUUUUUAAUAACCUUUUAUAUAUUUUGUCUCAAAAUAGCAUAGAGUUUUUGUAAUUUUUUGUUUUUGCCCCGAAAAUGUAUUGGAAUUUGCUUUCAUGUAUUGGAAUUCAAGCGUUUAUCAUCUGCAUAAUAAGGAAGAAAA